AUGCAAGAUCCAACCAUAAUUGAAAGCUUCUGGGAUGUGGACAAAGAUUUUGCCCUUCUAGGCCUUCAGGUGCUGCCUGGCCUUAUAGCACCUGCGGGGAGCCGCGGCAGAGAGCGGUUCUUUCAAGCUUUCCGAAAUUACUACGCUACGGACAGUGUCAAGACGGCAUCUCAUCUCAUUAAAGCGCGCUUCAACGUCAACAAGAAACAUGGAGUUUCGGAUGAAGACAUUGCGCAUUUCGACCUAGGCGUUUGUACUGCCCUGUUGGUCAACACUGUUCCGGCCAUAUGGUGGACGCUGUUCCAUGCCUUCUCGAAUCAGGCUCUGUUGAAAGAAUUACGCCAUGUUAUUGCGGCCGCAAUUUCUAGACAGUACAAGUCUCGAGAGCCUCUUACUGCUAUUUCUAUUGACGUACCACAUAUCAUCCAGACCGUUCCACUCAUAGAUUCGUUCGUCAAGGAAGUACUUCGCGUCCAUAGCAAUAGCAUGUCUGCCCGGUUGCUGCUCCAGGACAAAGUGAUUGAAGAUGACAAAGGGACAUCUUACCUUCUCAAGAAGGGCUCAUUCCUUGCCAUGCCCUCCGCACCUGUGCACGCAAGCACAGACGCAUGGGGCCCAAAUGCAUCGACUUUCGAUCCAGCACGCUUCCUUCACCUACAAGGCGACAGAAUCUCCAGGUCCGCAUAUCGGGCUUUCGGUGGCGGGCACGCCUUGUGCCCAGGCAGACAUUUUGCAAUGAAUGAGAUCAUGGGAAUAUUGAUAAUUAUGGUUAUGAAGUACGAUAUUUCACCCUUAGACGGUGAUUGGAGCAUUCCAGAGACGAGAGACCAUAUUUCAACAAGCGUCAUGACACCAGGCAGGGACUUCCUCGUCAGGAUUAAACCAAGAGAAGAAUUGCAAUACAUGGGUGGUAACUUUGUCUGGCGGUUUCAGAAGAGGACUGGAAGAAGUGAGUAG